AUGAUGCUGCUACUACACAUAAAUGCGGACUACCACCACGUGCUUGACAGCUACGAGGAAGCGUGGGUUGCGUGGUCACGCCUUAAGUCGUUGUACGGUGGAUCGCAGAAGGCAGGACGCACCUUUCUCAAGCGACAACUUUUCAGCACCAAGAUGGAUGAAGGCGCGAACGUCAUGCACCACUGCAACGAGGUCCUCAACGUCUCCGCUAAGCUUAGCGGCAUCGGUGCGAAGAUGGAAGAAGAAGACGUUGCAAUCUGUCUGCUGCUUAGUCUUCCAAAGAGCUACGAAAAUGUGGUGCUCAACAUGGAAAUGAGCAGCGCCGAGCUUCGUAACCAAGAUGUGGUGAGAGUGCUGACGAAUGAGCACGCCAAGAGCCAAGGAGAAAAAAAGGACAGCAACAACGACUACGGUGUAGGCUGA